GCGAUUCUUAGCUGUAGAAAGGAAUUGAAGAAAUAAUAUAAUCAGAUCAUCUGACGAUUUGAUUCCAUUCCAUACGUUCUCUAUUCUCUUCAAACGUACGUUAUUGACUUUUUCUCUCUCUCUCUCUCUGGAAAAGGUAUCAUCAUCAUCGUCUUCCUCUUCCCAGUUUUUUUCUUUCUCAAUUAUGUUUGUAUUGAUCGGCUAAUUGUAUCUGAUUAAGCUAAUCUCGAUUGAAUCAGCUUGAAUCACCAUGGCCUCUCGUAUUGCUAAUGAUGUCACCGAAUUGAUUGGGAACACUCCGUUGGUGUAUCUGAACAGUGUUGCUGAAGGAUGUGUUGGUCGUGUUGCUGCUAAGCUUGAGAUGAUGGAACCCUGCUCCAGCGUCAAAGACAGGAUUGGUUUUAGCAUGAUCUCUGAUGCAGAGAAAAAGGGUCUGAUUAAACCAGGAGAGAGUGUGUUGAUUGAGCCAACGAGUGGAAACACGGGAGUUGGGUUAGCAUUCACGGCGGCUGCCAAGGGAUACAAGCUUAUCAUUACCAUGCCAGCUUCAAUGAGUGUUGAGAGAAGAAUCAUUCUCUUAGCUUUUGGUGUUGAGUUGGUUUUAACUGACCCGGCCAAGGGCAUGAAAGGCGCUAUCGCAAAGGCUGAAGAGAUAUUGGCCAAAACACCCAAUGGUUACAUGCUCCAACAGUUUGAGAACCCUGCUAACCCAAAGAUCCACUAUGAGACAACUGGACCUGAGAUUUGGAAAGGCACUGAUGGUAAAAUCGAUGGCUUUAUUUCUGGGAUUGGUACUGGUGGUACCAUCACAGGUGCAGGGAAGUAUCUUAAGGAACAGAACCCCAACGUUAAGCUGUAUGGAGUGGAGCCAAUCGAAAGUGCUAUUCUCUCCGGUGGAAAGCCAGGCCCUCACAAGAUUCAAGGGAUUGGCGCUGGUUUUAUACCAAGUGUAUUGGAGGUUAAUCUUAUAGAUGAAGUUGUUCAAGUUUCAAGUGAUGAAUCCAUCGACAUGGCAAGGCUUCUUGCUCGUAAAGAAGGUCUUCUUGUGGGAAUAUCAUCUGGUGCAGCAGCUGCCGCAGCAAUUAAGCUUGCAAAGAGGCCAGAAAACGCUGGGAAGCUUUUCGUGGCGGUGUUCCCAAGUUUCGGAGAGAGGUACCUGUCGACCGUACUAUUCGAUGCCACAAGGAAAGAAGCAGAGUCCAUGACCUUCGAGGCUUGAAUAGUCUCUGCUGUAAAAACAAAUCUCCAUUUCUUUGAUUUAGAGACGCCCCAAGAAUAAAAAAGGAUGUUACAGUUUCUCCUAAAGAGAGUGUUCAUCCCCAUCUCUCAGUUUCAAUGCGUCUUUUGUGUUUUAUUUCUGUAUCUUUUGUGUGUAAACAAAACUCUAUUUCUUCUUGUGAACGAACGAACCACUUGCUGUUAAUAAGUCUGAAUUUGCUGUGUGA